GUCCGCCUACCCCUUUCUUUCGAAACUCCACGCGUACGCUGCGCCAUCCUCCCCUGCGCAUGCCGCCGCUGCCCUCAAGGCCGCCACCUCCGCCUCCGCCGGCCGCGCUCCUCCCCUGGCUGCGCGCGCUUCCCUCCCGCACGCCCGAAUCUCCUUCCCCUGUGCGCGCCGCCUCCUCCGCCCGUCUCCGCCUCGGCCGGCCAAGAUCCACGGACGAGCCGGUGAUCCCCUCUAUUCGGCGGCCCAGCCCCCUCGCUCCGUCGCUCGUCUUCCUCCUCGCGCGAGCGCCUCCACCGCAGGAAAAUGAUUGAAACUGUGUAUACGGAACAUUUGAAGGGAAGGAAGGUGCUGCUUGAGACGCCCACUGGUUUCGCAAUCUUCGUUGUGAAGGAUUUUGCUUUCGAACAAGACAAGAAUAUCUGGGUGCACUUCUCGGAUCCAGAAUGCGCAAUUCAGGCUCUUUUUGCCUUGGGCUUCAAAAAAGUUGAUAACAAAUCUGCUGCUCGGAAUGGUGAUGCUGGUCCUGGAAAGGACCUGGUGCAACUUAUUAUGAAAUUCUGCAGGACUGGAGAGACAUUAAUUGUUCAAGAUAAGGAACUUAAAGCUUCUAUCGAGAAAAAGGGUAUCAAAUGUAGAUGUGAUGGAUAUGAUGUUGGUGAGGUGAUAUGGGGGAUAAAAAAUGUUUUGCAUGCAUUUAUACGCGAAGAAGAGCGCAAUAUAACACAGGAAUAUUGUCUUCCAGUGAGCAAGGGAUUGCAAGAGGCCUUACAAUAUUAUGUAGUCAAUAUCCCGCCAAGAAUGGUUGACAAAACUUUCAUAACCAAAUUUGGUUUCCUGUGCUACCUUGACAUGAACCUAGAGGGUUUUCCAAAGGAAUUGUCGAGGUCAUUUGAUGAGUAUGUUGGGAUUGGUGAUACUAUUAAAGAUGGCUUGGACUAUGCGAAAGUGCUUGCAAUGGCACUUGUUCCUGACUUGGUGGAAAAAUGUGGUUUCUCUAAGACAUUUUCUCAUGAUUUGGAAUCAAAGUUGCAUCAGGCUAAGCUGUUUCAAGCUAAUCGUAAAGAUGACCUUACUAUGCAUGACUUGGAAAAGAUAAUGGGAUACCUUGAUUACCUCUUGUAUGUUCCUCAGCUGAGAGACAAGAUUAUUAUGGAUGUGAAGCUUAUGGAAGCGACACUUCUCAGAUCUCUCAAUGCAGUCCAAAGGGUUAAUGUAUGGGAACCUGUAGAUUUCAAUAAAAUGAAGUUCAGGAGGGUGCUGCUCGAGACUCCCUCAGGUUUUGCUAUAUUUAAUGUUCGUGAAGAUUUGUUUUGCAAUCUAAGAAUAUCUGGACUUAUUUUGCAGAUAUACAUGGUGCACGCAAAGUACAGUAUCUCUGAAAACUCAACUUAUAUUUUUAAUUUCGUCCAUUGCUAAUUUGUUUGUUCAUCCCGUAUGGGAUCAAGUUACAUAGGAAACUCUUCUUUUUUUAAUGUCUCUUGAGGAGCAAUCAUGCUUCCAUCUCUCCUCGCAAUUUAAGUUGGGACCUGUUUGGUGGAUCUCCCAAAGUCAAUUGCUCCUCUGCCGAAAGGCCGUUUCCAGGAAUCACUCUAUAGAAUUGACUCUCUGAAAUGAACUAAGAUAUUGGGUGCUGAAAAAAACAGCUUCUCCUGAUUAACUUCAUUCCUUAUUCCUCCGUAGAAUCUCCCCAGAGAAUCACUUCUAGGUCAUCUCUACCAAAAAGGCCCUCAGUAGUACACCAUCAGUUGUAAUGGUAAGAUCAGUGCCUGAUUGGCUAUUUGGGUGGGUCUAAAUGGGACAAAUUGGCUAAGUACUGGGUAGGUUCGGUAGGUAUAGCCACUUUGUGCGUCCAUAGCAAGGCUUGGCACUCAGCUUUACAGCAUUGCUAAGAAGACUGUUACUUCUAACUGACAUAAAGCAUCUAAUUAACCUAACCUUGGUAGGAUAAAUUGACUAGAUAUCUGGGAUGGAUGAUGCACGCUCUGUAAUGCCCUGCCAAGGAGAAAAUACUUUUACUUCCAAUCACAGGACAUGCCGUACCAUCUUCCUGUAGUUUGAUGGUCAAACAUAUUUCCAAAAAGGCUUUGUUCUUGUUGUUACUUUGAUUAGAAUCAUUUUGAUCAUGCUGCAUUUAUCAGCAUUUAUCUUCUCCAUUUGAACCGCGCAGGGCUCUAAUAUUUUUUAUGUGUCACCCACUAUCAUAUUCUGAUGAAUGUUGUUUUGGAUUAUGUCAGAUUGUCUUUGCCAUUGGUUUUGUAAGUGUUGAUGAAAAAUCUGUUACCCGUAAUAGUCAUGAUGGCCCUGGUGACAAACUGGAACAGCUCAUUCUUAGAUUCUGCAAUGCUAAAAGGGAAUUGGUUGUUCAAGAUACACAGCUUAAAGCUGUUAUCGAAUCAAAACUUUUUCUCAGGAUGUCAAAUGCUGGACAGGUGACCAAGUUGUGGAAGAGGUUAUUUGGGGAUUAAAGUAUGUCAUGCCUCAUUUUAUAUUGGAGGAAAGGAAUAAGAUUACUGAUAACUAUUUUCUCCCACUGAGCAAGCAACUGCUAGAGGACCUGCAAACAAAUCGAAUCAAUGUCUCCACAAGUGAGCUUACUGCAGGUAUCAUAAAUCUGUUUGGUUACGUGAAAGUUCUUGACAAAAUCCUCAAGAAACUUUCUAAGGCUUUAUGCACCAAAUGCGAUUGUUAUUUUUCUGAUAUCAUAGUCAGUGAAGAUGAUAUGACCUAU